AUGGGGGGCUUCAAAAGGGUCAUGAAGCGUCUCAGCCCUAGCAAAAAUCUUAUACCGAUUGCUGCUGACCCCCCUAUCCGUGCAGAAGCGCCAAAAGUCAAUCUCCCACAUGUGGACACGCAAUUGAAUAUGCACCAGAACGGAUUCCUCGAACCCGAAGGCCAGAAUGGCACCUCCAACCAAGCUUUCUCGUCUCCAUCAAACUCUCCAUCGAACUCUCCGAACCCUUCCGUGAUUCCCGCCGAAGCGAGUAAUGGCGAGCCCCCCACCUCAGAAUGGUCAGCCGUUGGACAUGCAGCGACAGGGAAAUCAGGACGUGUUAUCCAUAAUCUUCAAGAGGAGAUAGCACGUCUUACGCGCGAAUGCACACUCCAGAAGUCCCGCGCGGAGGAGUACCAAAGAACCAACGAGGCCUACAAGAUCCAGCAACAGAAUAUGAACGAGCGUCUACGGAACCUUGAGCAAGUCAACGAGACCAACCUCAACUCAAUUGCACGGAAAGACCGGAAGCUGGAAGAAUUAAGACUGGACCUCCAACACGAACGCAGCAAGAGGCAGGAUGCGGAAACGGACGCAAAUCAGACAAACCACAUGAUGCGCGAGGAACGAGAGAACCACAAUCGCGAAACAGCCCGGUUAUUAGAGAUCGCCAAGCACCACGAGACACAGUAUGAGGUGCUGUCCAGCGCGACGAAACGCGACAAGGCGGAGUUUGCGAAACGUAUCAAUGCCAUCUGGGCUGAGUUCACGACUAUCGCCGACGCACACAAAACACAUAUACACUCCACGGAGCGGCUGGAGGUUCUCGCUGAUCAGAAGAAUAGGGAAUUCGACUCCCUCAAGGAAUCUUAUGAGAAGCUACUCGCCAACCACUCUGCGUAUAAGGAAGAGAAGGAUAAGGAAUUCCGCGACACGAUCGACUCGGCUAAAUCCAAUAAUGAUAAUAUUGCUGGUGUUCUUGCUCAGCUCAAGGAGACCGAAACAGAAAUGAAGUGGGCGAUUCGGCUCAAUGCAAGUCGACAAAGCAGUGAGCAGUGA